AUGAAUGAAAAUGAAACUAUACCUUUUCCAUAUAAUCCUCAGGACAUAAGGUUUAAACAGACGUCAAGCAAGAUAUUUGCCAAGGAAGGCGUCAAAAGGCCAAUAGAUCCUUAUGCUUGGAUUACAAGUGGCACUAUUAAAGAAAUAGAAAAGGGGUUACCUCUUUUGCAUGAGACUCAAUAUGCACAAUCAGUCGUAGAAGUACAAAAACAAAGUGAUAAUUCAAUUACAAAGACAAAAGAUUUAUUAAAAGCAAUUUUAGAUGAUAAUACUGAUGAAGAGCUAAGUUUACAAGAAAUGAAACAGCAAGCAGAAGAAGAAAGACGACAAAAAUUACUUAAACAGCAGGAAAUUGAAGAAAGAAAGAGAAGAAAUUCUUCAUGUUUUCUUCAUAACAAAGAUUCCGGGGAUAUUAUCUCAAACAUAGGAACACUUAAUUUCAAAACAAUUAAAAAACCUCUUCAAUUGCCAGAAGGAGAAAAUCCUUUUCCUGAAGCCACACAUAUGAAAUCAUUCAGACCUAAAAUGGAUUCUACAAUACCAAUCAUCAAGCAAGAGAUUAAAAAGUCAUUCAAAUACGGAUUUGAACCAUUUGAAGGUAUCGAAACCGAUGAAGAUUUCCCAAUUGAUGGUUUAAUGAAGCCAGAUUCAGUUCCUCCACCAGCAGAAACGCCAGUAACAGGUAUAGAUGAUGCAGAUGAACUUGAUAAAGAAACUCCUUCCCUUUUAAUUGAUCCAUACAAGCAAGAAAUUUUCUGGAGUAAAACUAAGGCUCCUUUCACUCGGGAAGAAGUUAAUCUUCUUUAUACUAUGCGAAAUCAAAGUGAUUUAAUGGCAGAUCGGCUUGAAAAACGCUUUGAUCGUCAAAAUCAAAAAAGAAUCGCGUCAAUUAGGACAACUUUCCAAAGUAGAAAAGCUUUUAUGAAACGACUUGAUUUAAUACACCAAGAUAUUGAUCGUAUUACUAAUAUUGGCCCUGGAAAAGGUCUUGCUCAUGUUCCUCAAUCUCCUUGGGUCGAAGCUUCUCAACUUGCGAUGGAUGACAAUACUUCCCUUCCAUACAGAAAGAAACAGUGGCAGAAUUUUGUGGAUUUCAUAGCCCAGCACGGAUAUAUUUCUAAUGAUUCACAACAAAGGGCAGCAAUGAACUUAAGGCAUUUCUUAAUGUCCGGAGAUGCUGUUGAUGAGAAAAUGUUCUGGAAUUUCAUGGACCAAUUAUCAUUUGACGAUUUUACUGUUACUUCAACGAUGCUGAUAGUAGAAUACCUUAGAAGAGACUUUGGAGUAACGAUGAGUGACGUUGUUUCUUAUUUACAAGAGAAAAAAGUUUCGACAUAUUUUUAUGACGAAGCUUGUCAAAUGUACGAUAGCGUUUCGACUGUUAAAAAGCAGAAGAAGAGAAUAAUGGUCGAUCCUGAGCAUUGUGACGCUCAAACGCUCGCUCAACUCGGAAUUUGGGAGAAAACUAACAGAAUUAAGUUCCCACACCUCAAAGAUUCUGAAGAAUACAAGAAAAUUGUUGGUGAGAAAAGUAAACCAAAGAAGAAAACCAAAAGAAGAGUGUCAAUUGAUGAUCGUUAUUAA